UUUGGAGAUGGCUCCCUCAGCCUUUAUGAUGUGACACAUCUCACUAAACAACAUUCGGCUUGGUUUAUUUCGCUUUUCCCUUAAACGCGCACCUGUCGGCCCCAGCUUAUUAGUCACACUAAUUAAAUGUGCGAUAUAUUCACCACGAGCCAGGGUGUAGCUAUAAACUGAUAUCCUUUUAGAUGUUUUCAUCUUCUUUAACAGUGUUUAAUUCGCUGUAUGUCACUUAAAUUCGCUUUUUUGUGGCUCAAUUCAUGGCUGCCACGGACAUAAAGCUCAGAUUUAACUCCCGAACUAAUAAAAAUGAACGAGAGCAGGCUCAACGUCGUGACAAACAAAACGAGAGCACCAAAUAUUAUUAGCAUCCUCCCUUACGCGUUGGGCAGGGAAUAGCCCUCAGAGCUACAGGCCUGUGGUUUAUUUAUUUCUAGAAAUGUCUUGGCACGUAUGGAUUUUGACAUUUCACGCGGGUGGAUCUAAACUGAGGCGACAGACGAAACAAAACAAACUAAAAUCUAUUUUUUGUUUUUUAAUUUAAUUUUUGUGCGUGUGUGUGUGUGAACGCUCCUUUGCGUUUGAUUCAUUACGAGCGCACAUCUGGCAAGGACACGCCCAGACUAAUUCAAAGACACUGGUUGUUGUUUUUUUUUUUACAUCAUAUCUUUUUACAGUGUAAAAUAAAAUGACACCUAAGUUAUUCACCGGCUGAAGUUGUCGUGGAGCUAAAAGGAGAACGGGUUCAUUAAAUUAUCGGUUGGAGCCAUUUCAAACGCAUCCCGAGGACCUCCAGGUGGCCGCCGGAGCUUAUUAUUUUAUUUUGGUAACCACCGGUUUCCAGUGGGGGUGUCGCUGGGUUGGCCGAAGCGCUCAAAAGCCUCAACCUAGGUCACCUAUAGAUAUUUCUAGACGUGCACCUCUCCUCUUUGUCGUUUAUUUGUCGCUCCCCGGGAGUUGCGCCGGGGCGUCUCAUCCGCGGAGCCGACGCGGUGGCUUGUUCGACGGGCUCCGAAAAAAAAAAAAAAGAAAAAGUGUCGAUUAUUCUGGAGGUGACGCGAAGACAUCAUCAACAUGGCGACAGCCGCCGAGACUCGUUCAGGAACCGCCGCGAAUUAAGCUCCCUGCCCCAGCUGAGCCCUUCGCUGCCCUCUGAAGGAGCAGGAUGACAAGAUGGCACAGCUGCUUGUACCGCCCGGACCUGACAGCUUCCGCCCCUUCGUCCCCGAGUCGCUGGCCGCCAUCGAGAGGCGCAUCGCCGAGGAGGAGGCCCGGAGACCGCGGGAGGAGCGCCGCAGUGACAGCGACGAUGAAAACGGACCCAAGCCCAACAGCGACUUGGAGGCGGGGAAGUCUCUCCCCUUCAUCUACGGGGACACCCCUCCCCACCUGGUGUCCACCCCUCUGGAGGACUUGGACCCCUACUACAGCAAUCAGAAGACCUUCAUAGUAUUGAAUCGUGGGAAGGCAAUCUUCCGUUUCAACGCCACUCCUGCCUUGUACAUCCUAAGCCCCUUCAACCCUCUGAGGAGGAUUGCUAUUAGAGUUUUAGUGCACUCUAUGUUCAGCAUGUUGAUCAUGUUCACCAUCCUGACCAACUGUGCUUUCAUGACCCUCAGUAACCCCCCGGACUGGGCCAAGAAUGUAGAGUACACAUUCACAGGGAUUUACACCUUCGAGUCCCUCAUUAAGAUCCUGGCCCGGGGCUUCUGCGUGGGGAAGUUCACUUUCCUGCGGGAUCCGUGGAACUGGCUGGAUUUCAGUGUUAUCCUCAUGGCAUAUGUCACAGAGUUUGUGGACCUGGGCAAUGUCUCGGCACUGCGAACCUUCAGGGUUCUGCGAGCCCUGAAAACUAUAUCAGUCAUCCCAGGCUUGAAGACCAUCGUCGGCGCGCUGAUCCAGUCGGUAAAGAAGCUGUCGGACGUGAUGAUCCUCACUGUGUUCUGCCUCAGCGUCUUCGCCCUCAUUGGCCUGCAGCUCUUCAUGGGCAACCUGAGGCAGAAGUGCGUGCGCUGGCCGCUCGACAACGCCACCGGCAAUGGCAGCAGCUACGUCUCGGACGGCGGCUACGUCUUGGACGGCGACGGCGGCAACGGCACAUUCGCGCAGAACGCCACGUUGGUGCAGAACGCCACGUUCAAAUGGGAGGACUACGUCAACGAUAACAGUAAUUACUAUUACCUCCCUGGCAGUAGGGAUGCUCUACUCUGCGGGAAUGGCAGCGGGGCUGGGCUGUGUCCGGAGGGCUUUGUGUGCAUGAAAGCCGGACGCAAUCCAGACUACGGCUACACCAGCUUCGACACCUUCAGCUGGGCCUUCCUCUCCCUGUUCCGGCUCAUGACCCAGGACUACUGGGAAAACCUCUACCAGCAGACUCUGCGUGCGGCGGGGAAGCCCUACAUGAUCUUCUUCGUGCUGGUGAUCUUCCUGGGCUCCUUCUACCUGGUCAACCUGAUCUUGGCCGUGGUAGCCAUGGCCUACGACGAGCAGAACCAGGCGACCAUCGAGGAGGCUCAGCAGAAGGAGGAGGAGUUCCAGGCUAUGCUGGAGCAGCUGAAGAGACAGCAGGAGGAGGCGCAGGUUGCCGCGGCAGCAGCCACAGAGAGUGGAGAGUACAGCGGGAGAGGGGGCCCCACCUCCGAGUCCUCCUCGGGGACGUCUAAGCUCAGCUCGAAAAGUGCCAAGGAGCGGCGCAACAGGCGGAAGAAAAGGAAGCAGAGGGAGGAGGAGGGGGAGGAGGAGAGGAGCCGCGACAAGUUCCACAAGUCUGAGUCCGAGGACAGCAUCAAGAGGUCCAGCUUUCGCUUCUCUAUUGAUGCCAAUCGGCUCUCUUAUGAGAAGAGAUGCUCCUCACCCAACCAGUCUCUCCUCAGUAUCCGAGGUUCCUUCUUCUCACCUCGGAGAAACAGCCGUGCCAGCUUGUUCAGCUUCCGCGGCCGGGCGCGCGACAUGGGCUCCGAGAACGACUUUGCCGACGACGAGCACAGCACGUUCGAGGAGAGCGACAGCCGCCGGGGUUCCCUGUUCCUGCCACGACGCCUGGAGCGCCGCUGCAGCGCCGUCAGUCAAACCAGCCUCGGGGCGCCCCGGGUCAUGCUGCCCGCCAAUGGCAAGAUGCAUUGUGCCGUAGACUGCAACGGCGUGGUGUCGCUGGUCGGUGGAACUUCUGUAACAACCUCCCCUGUAGGUCUCCUGCUGCCUGAGGGGACGACUACAGAUACCGAACUGAAGAAACGUAGGUCAGGUUUCCGCCAGCCAUCCAUGGAUUAUUUAGAGGAACCAGGGGCCCGACAGAGAGCCAUGAGCGUAGCCAGUAUCCUCACCAACACCAUGGAAGAGCUUGAAGAGUCAAGGCAGAAGUGCCCACCCUGCUGGUAUAGAUUUGCCAACACCUGUUUGAUUUGGGAUUGUUGUCCCGCAUGGCUGAAAAUCAAAGAUGUCGUCAGCACAGUUGUUAUGGACCCGUUCGUGGAUCUGGCCAUCACCAUUUGCAUCGUCCUCAAUACCCUUUUCAUGGCCAUGGAACAUUACCCCAUGACUGACGAAUUCGAUAAUGUCCUCUCGGUCGGAAAUCUGGUGUUCACUGGGAUCUUCACAGCAGAGAUGUGCUUCAAGAUUAUUGCCCUGGAUCCAUACUACUACUUCCAGGAGGGCUGGAACAUCUUUGAUGGCAUCAUUGUUAGCCUCAGUCUGAUGGAGCUGGGCCUGGCCAAUGUGGAAGGCCUGUCUGUUCUCAGGUCCUUUAGAUUGCUGAGGGUCUUCAAACUAGCCAAGUCAUGGCCCACGUUGAACAUGCUAAUCAAGAUCAUCGGGAACUCUGUGGGCGCGCUGGGCAACUUGACUCUGGUGCUAGCCAUAAUCGUGUUCAUCUUUGCCGUGGUGGGCAUGCAGCUGUUCGGCAAGAGCUACAAGGAGUGUGUAUGCAAGAUUUCUGAUGAUUGCACGCUGCCCCGCUGGCACAUGCACGAUUUCUUCCACUCCUUCCUUAUCGUGUUCCGGGUGCUGUGUGGAGAGUGGAUCGAGACCAUGUGGGUCUGCAUGGAGGUCGCAGGACAGACGAUGUGCCUGAUCGUCUUCAUGAUGGUCAUGGUCAUUGGAAAUCUGGUGGUCUUAAACCUCUUCUUGGCUCUCCUCUUGAGCUCAUUCAGUGCUGACAACCUGGCAGCAACUGACGACGACAGCGAGAUGAACAACCUUCAGAUCGCUGUGGGGCGGAUCCAGAGGGGCAUCGCAUUCAUCAAAUCCACACUGAGGCAGUUCCUUCAGAGUCUCUGCUUUGGGGGCCGUGGUGGCAAUGGAUCCGGUCUGGGCGAGGAGAGCAAACCCUUGGAUGAGCUGCACAGCAAUGGCAAAGGCAACUGCAUCUCUAACCACACUUCAGUGGAGAUCACCAAAGACCCCGGUGGGGUGUACAUGACAGAGGGCAAUGGGCGACCAGGAGGAGGGCUGGUGGUUGGGGUUGGGAUUGGUGGGGACACUACUGGGAAGUACCCACUGGAGGAAUGUGACUACAUGUCUUUUAUUCAUAACCCCAGCCUAACAGUUACAGUGCCCAUUGCCGUGGGCGAGUCAGACUUUGAGAACUUAAACACUGAGGAUUUCAGCAGCGACUCAUCUGACGUGGAGGGCAGCAAGGAGAAGCUCGAUGCAGAGCCCCAGCCUCUGAGCUCAUCAGAGGGGAGCACGGUUGAUAUUCGCCCCCCAGGUGAUGGGGUGGAUUCAGUGGAGAUGGAGCCAGAGGAGUCGCUGGACCCGGAGGCCUGCUUCACAGAGGGCUGUGUAAGCAGGUUCCAGUGCUGCCAGAUCAACGAGGAGCAAGGCCAUUUUAAGAGCUGGUGGACACUCAGGAAAACCUGCUUUAUCAUAGUGGAGCACAACUGGUUUGAAUCCUUCAUCAUAUUCAUGAUCCUGCUCAGCAGCGGAGCGCUGGCUUUUGAAGACAUCUACAUCGAGCAGCGGCGCACCAUCAAGACGGUGCUGGAGUAUGCCGACAAGGUCUUCACCUACGUCUUCAUCCUGGAAAUGCUCUUGAAGUGGGUGGCGUACGGCUUCGUCAAGUACUUCACCAACGCCUGGUGCUGGCUCGACUUCCUCAUUGUCGAUGUGUCCUUGGUUAGCCUCGUAGCAAAUGCUCUGGGCUACUCUGAGCUCAGCGCCAUCAAAUCUCUGAGGACGCUGCGAGCUCUCCGGCCCCUGAGGGCCCUGUCUCGGUUUGAGGGCAUGAGGGUUGUGGUGAACGCGCUGCUGGGGGCCAUCCCCUCCAUCAUGAACGUGCUGCUGGUCUGCCUCAUCUUCUGGCUCAUCUUCAGCAUCAUGGGCGUGAACCUGUUCGCGGGGAAGUACUACUACUGCGUCAACACCACCACGGACGAGAUCUUGCCCAUCAAAGUCGUCAACAACAUGACGGAGUGCAAGAACCUGGCCGAUAAGGGCGCCCGCUGGAAGAAUGUCAAAAUCAAUUUUGAUAAUGUCGGAGCCGGCUAUCUGGCUCUGCUGCAAGUGGCAACGUUUAAAGGCUGGAUGGACAUCAUGUAUGCAGCUGUGGACUCUCGAAAUUUGGAAGAGCAGCCCGAGUAUGAGGUGAACCUGUACAUGUACCUCUACUUUGUCAUUUUCAUCAUCUUCGGCUCCUUCUUCACGCUGAACCUCUUCAUCGGCGUCAUUAUCGACAACUUCAACCAGCAGAAGAAAAAGUUUGGAGGUCAGGACAUCUUCAUGACAGAAGAACAGAAGAAAUACUACAAUGCCAUGAAGAAGCUGGGCUCCAAGAAACCGCAAAAGCCAAUACCUCGGCCUACAAACGCGUUUCAAGGCUGCGUGUUCGACUGCAUCACAAAGCAGGCCUUCGACAUCGUGAUCAUGAUCCUCAUCUGCCUUAACAUGGUGACCAUGAUGGUGGAGACGGAUGACCAGUCGAAGGACAUGGCCAACAUCCUUUACUGGAUCAAUCUGGUAUUCAUUGUUCUCUUCACCGGGGAGUGUGUCCUCAAGAUGAUCUCCCUGCGUCACUAUUACUUUACCAUUGGUUGGAACAUAUUCGACUUUGUGGUGGUGAUCCUGUCGAUUGUGGGUAUGUUUUUAUCUGAAGUUAUUGAAAAGUACUUUGUGUCCCCAACACUUUUCCGAGUUAUCCGUCUGGCCAGGAUCGGCCGCAUUCUCCGCCUUAUCAAAGGUGCCAAGGGCAUCAGGACGCUUCUCUUUGCCUUGAUGAUGUCCCUCCCUGCCCUGUUCAACAUUGGCCUACUCCUCUUCCUUGUUAUGUUCAUCUACGCCAUUUUCGGCAUGUCCAACUUUGCUUAUGUCAAGCGGGAGUCGGGAAUCGAUGACAUGUUCAAUUUCGAGACCUUCGGGAACAGUAUGAUCUGUUUGUUUCAGAUUACCACCUCAGCUGGGUGGGAUGGCCUACUGGCGCCCAUCCUGAACAAGAGGGAACCGGACUGUGACAGCCAGAUGGAGCACCCGGGCAACUCUUACAAAGGCAACUGUGGCAACCCAUCAGUGGGCAUCUUCUUCUUUGUCAGCUACAUCAUCAUAUGCUUCCUCAUUGUGGUCAACAUGUACAUCGCCGUCAUCCUGGAGAACUUCAGCGUGGCCACAGAGGAGAGUGCCGAGCCGCUGAGCGAGGAUGACUUUGAAAUGUUCUACGAGGUGUGGGAGCGCUUUGAUCCCGAUGCCACUCAGUUUAUGGAGUACAGCAAGCUCUCGGACUUUGCAGACGCUCUAGAUCCGCCGCUGCGCAUGCCCAAGCCCAACAUGAUCCAGCUCAUUUCCAUGGACUUGCCAAUGGUGAGUGGUGAGCGUAUCCACUGCCUCGACAUCCUGUUCGCCUUCACCAAGCGAGUGUUGGGUGAAGGCGGCGAGAUGGACGUGUUGCGCGGUCAAAUGGAGGAGCGGUUCAUGGCCUCGAACCCCUCGAAGGUGUCUUACGAGCCCAUCACGACCACCCUGCGUCGCAAACAGGAGGAAAUGUCGGCCAUAAUCAUCCAGAGAGCCUUCCGCCGCUACAUGAUCCGCCUUGCCAUGAAGAAGGCCUCGGCACUCUACAAGGAGAAGCUGAAGGAGGGCAUCCGAGACCCCGACAAGGACGUGAUGGUCAUCAGCAAGUUCACCGAGAACUCCACCUCAGACAAAACGGACAUGACCCCCUCCACGGCCUCCCCGCCCUCCUACAACAGUGUGACGAAAUCGGACAAGGACAAGUACGAAAAAGAAAACAGGGAUAAAGAAAACAAAGGGAAAGACUCGAAAGAUCGAAAGAAAUAAACUUCUUUAAAAGAGGAACAAAACUAAAAAAAAGAAAAAUGCACCACAGACAUGAGAAGAAUUUGUUUACAGCUUCUAGAGGGGGUUGUAUAAAUGUGUGUUGAUUGUUCAGAGAUGAGGAAUACUUCGGCACGUGUUGCUAAUAUGGGAGUGCGGCUAUGAUGUGUGGGGGCUUCUCAGAGGGGGGAGUAUGGAAACAAAUUAUCCAGCAGACACUGCCAGAGAUUGAGUGGAUCAUGGAACAGCCUCUCUGCAAAACGCUUGUGAUUUUCCUAUUGGUUGUUGUUCAUAUCUGACACACUUGAGUGUACUGUUAAGUUGUCUGUAGCUAGUGCUGCUGCUACUACUAUAAAUCCAGUGUCUUGAAUUUAACAAUCGCUGUAUCACUUAACAACUACUCUGCAUUCUUUUGUUAAAUUAGCUCUUGGGUUACAAGGUUUCUUUUUUUAUCAGAAAGAAUGUUUUCUACUUUUUCGUGUCAUUAUCGUGAGAAUGUGUCCACUGCUUUCACUGUUGUAAAAUCACCAAGGGCAGAUAAAGUCAAUGCUGGAAACUACAACAACCAUCUGAAAACUCGUACAACGCGGGGCUAGUGCCAGAACGUUCAUGCAGUAUAUGAAGCUGAAAACGACAAACAAUACCGCUGAAGUGCAAUGAUCAAAUCCAUUGUAUUCACUGGUGUGCCAUCAGUGAUCGUUGAAAUCUGUGGUGUGCUUCUAUCUGGACUGCCACGUCCCUCUUUCAGUACAAAUUCUCUAAAUACAGAGAAGCUGAAUGUAUGCAAGCUGAAGGAAUGAGACGCAUUUGAAGAAACGGACAUUUUGGCAAAUAUUUGAACAUUUGUUUUGUUUUUUGCCGAGAUAUAGGCUGCAAAAUGGAUACCACUUGUAGGUUUGUCCAUUGAUUAUGAAGCUAGAGCUUAAUUUAACACAACCUUCUACAAAAUACUUAUGACAAAUACAAAGGCGGCAAUAAGUGCUUGUUUUAAUGAAGGCUUUACUUGAGCUUGGUGCAAACAUUUUCUAACUCCAGCUGCUCACAGUUGUCUAACUUCUAAGUAUAUACGCAGAGAUACAAGAAAAGUGGUCUGUGAAUUUAAUUAUUGAAUUAUUAAAAUUCAUGUUAAAUUGUGCUUGCUGCUAAGCAGUUAGCAGUAGCUUUGUGCACAUUAGCUCAUCUGCUAAAUGUGAAUCAUCCGUCGUCCUCGCGUAUCUGUUGUAGCCUUUUCAAAAUGGUUCCAGCAUAUAAAUAGCCUAGCAUAACCCUCCAUUUGGAUUUCACUAUAGGGCGUGUUUCAACUGAUAUAAUAUAAAACCUGUGCACGUACUUGGAUAGUCCUACAACCAAUCAGAGCAGUCAAAUAUGUGAGCCAUUGUCGCCUUAGUGCUUGCUCUGCAGGGUACAGGCUCUGGGUUCUGUAAAGCGUCUUGAGACAAUGUACAUCAGGAGAUUGAGGCGUUCUUGACAAAUGCCUUAAUUGCUGUUAACUGUUUGCCCUUUAAAGUUGUUUUGCUGUCAGUAUCUUUUACAACAGAUACUUAAUUUCUCUGACGGCGACCAUUUUAUUGUAAACAAAUUAAAACUUAACACCAACUUGAUCUGGCUUCCGGGCUAGCACACAACUUCACGUCACGUUUUUGUGUGGCUUUACUAAACUAGGUUGAAUACAUUUUUUUGGUUUCUUGUUUGAUGUCGUUGACCCGAGCUAAAAUCAGCAUAGCUCCUCCAGUACUUUUUAAGAUUGUAGUAAUAAAUGAAAAACUUUCUUGACUCUCCGUUAACGAGGUUUGUCAAACACAAUAACAUUAGCUUAUGGCUAAUGCUGAGCUCACACUGCUAAGGCGCCCGUUAGCCUUGGUGUCUCGUGUGUCGGUGAUGCUAACCACUUAAACGUUAUCUGGUGAAGCACUUGAGCGUUCAUUGUGCUUGUCAUGUAGAGGCAAGCAUUGGGUGUCAGUUUGCUACCAUAGAAAAUGAAUUUUAGCUUGUUGUUCUGUCACUAGCGUGAUCGUAGCAUACUUGUGAUGUACUUUAACUCGCCCUUAAACCAGGAGAAAACAUUUGGACAUUUCGGCUACUACACAGGUUCAGUUUAGCAGUGAGCUUUAAAGUAAUGCGAAGCUAACCUAGAUAUGCUAACGCACAAACCCAAGAGCGAUACUGAUCUUCCCAACCUAUUUCUCGGCAGGAAAAGCAAAUGAGCCUAUUUCCCAAAGUCCUUCUUUCAAGGUGGCGCUCAAACCUGCUCGUUCAAUCACUGUCGCAUCAUUCUCCUCUUACCCCUCAGCUCCUGUAAAGAAAAUAUCCUAAAGAAAUAUAUAACGAAAAGAAAACAUCAGCGCUCUCGAGCUAGAACGUUACAAUAUAUCACAUUUAAAGGUUAUAAUAUCACAGAUGUUUGUAUGCCAUUCAUGUCGUUGAAAUCGAGAAGCGAGUGGUUUUAAUGUAGUGGUUUGGUUUGUAAAUAAUAUAGCUAUUUGGGCCCACAGUAUGCAUCACACUUACAUUUUGAUGUAAGAGCACUUUUUAAUCCCCACUGCUAUGUAAUACCACGUGCGGCGGUCAUACAUGUACGCGUGUGCGAGCGAGAGAAAUUGUAUUUGUACGUUUGUGUAUAUGCGCAAGAAAGAGCGAGAAUGUAAGCAAACUGUGUCUCCGUGUGAGCGAGCGUCGCGUGCAGCUGGGGUCUUACGGGGUCGCUUACGUUCUACCGAUUCUGAAAUAACAUUUUUACUGUAGAUACGAGUGCAUUUUUCCAGUCUUUGGAGUUGAUUUCCAUUUUUUCUAGAACAGUUUUUUUUCUGCACUGUAACAACACAAGUACGGUCCCGAUAUCUGUAGAUACAAACCAUGAAGCAAUCAGUAGCCAUCUCUCAUUGCGCUUGUAGUGUUUUUAGUGAACUGCAUGCAGGAAGUGACUACUGUCCGCUCAUAUGGUAAUAUCAUUUUAAAGCCAAAAGAAUAAAGGACAUAUUUUUUGUAAAUGCUUUUCUCCAUUUUUAUUUUAUUUUUUAUUUAUCUUUUUCUGUGAGUGACAUCGGCUCUUUGGUCUGUGACCUGAAGGUAUGAUUGCUUUACAGGUCGAACCCGGAUCGUUCAUGUGACUAUGUAUCUAUUUGCAAAAUGUGACAAAUUUUAUUUUUUUUUUUUUUUUUGUUAUAACCAAAGAUGUGGCAACGAAACUCAAAACCCUAGAUUUCCAAAAUAAAACUGAUUUUGGGAAGCGUA